CGUCCAGUGAUGAAGGCAUAUAUAGCGACUCUCGUUGCCCUGCUUAUCAGCUUGGCGAAGGGCCAACGAGGAAAUACUAAUCAGAUACCAUGCGGCAUCAUAAAGCCUCCAUACGGAGGUAAUCAACCGGGCCAAUAUCCUUGGGUUAUUGCUGUGUUGGACCAGCGUGAUUGGCUGAUCCGAUAUAUUGGAUCGGGCUCCCUGAUCGCCCCCAAUGUUGCCCUAACUGCCGCCCACGUCGUUAAUGAAACCACCGAAUUCGAUCUGCUGGUGCGGGCUGGCGAAUGGAAUGUUACCACCAUGAAGGAACAGCAGCACGUGGAUCUUGACGUCUCGAAGAUAAUUAUUCACGAGGGGUUCAACAGGUUCAACGACGAAAAUGACAUAGCCCUGCUUAUUCUUAGAUCCGAAUUCAAGAUGAGACCCAAUGGACCCAUUGGUCUCAUUUGCUUGCCCACACAGUACUCCUAUGCAAACUGCUUCUUCAACGGCUGGGGAAAACAGGACUGGGACUCGGAGGAAUACUCUUCCACUCUCAAAAAGGUCGAUGUAACCCUAAGACCUAACUAUGAAUGUCAACGACCAGGCCAACAGCUGACCAGCAGUAAAAUGUGUGGAUAUGUUUUUCAGGGUAAGGACAGCAGGGGCGACGACGGUGCUCCCCUGGUUUGUCAAUCAAAUGGUCGAAUGGAGCAGUUUGGAAUUCUUGUCUCGGAAAAGCGCCAGACUCGCGACCAAAGUUUCACCGUUUAUACGAAUAUUCCCAGCUUUAUGAGUUGGAUCAAUCGCAUCCUUAAAUUGAAUUCAAAUUAAUUUUAUCGAAAUAAUGAACGUUUAAUUUAAAAACAAAACAAAGUCCACGGCAUUAAGUAAAUUUUAUAAUUUUUCGACUCUUUGGAAAUUUCAGUGACUCAAUUUCGGUGAAAAAAUAUUGUGCAAAAGUUUAA